UAAAUCAUGUAUAACAAAAUCAAAGAUGAAGCCAAAGAGCCAAAGAUGAAAUCAGCAACAAGAAAUUGCCAGUCAUAAAAAAAGGGAACCCCCAAAAGUGCUUCCGACACAAUAAACUUCCAACAAAAACAACAACUGUGGCAACUAAUAAUAAUAUAGGACGAACAGGACGAGGAGGAGGACCUAGAGGAGAAGGCGAAGGAGGAGGAGGAGGAGGUGUAGCCAUGGCUACCACAAUAAAUAGCAGCAGCAGCAGCAUCACACGCAAUGGCGGUUUCUGUGGUGCACUGCAGCGUGCCCCACCGCCCAUGCCGCCGGCUUUAGCCAGACGACUAAGCAGCCGCGAAUGCUAUGGCGUGGGCAAAGUUAAGGUCAUGCUACGGGUAUCGGAUAAAGUCGAAUCAGAUUACAUGGUGCUUGACAAAAAGAAGCGUCAGGUCACGCUAACCGAUCCCAAGAAUGUGUGUCCACCACAAGCAGCACAAGAACGAGCUCCGAUGGUGGCAGCGCCGAAAAUGUUUGCAUUCGAUAAUCUCUUCACCGCUGAGGAUAAGCAGUCGGAUGUUUGCGCAUCGGCCUUAAGUGAAGUAAUACCAGCUGUACUCGAAGGUUCCGACGGCUGCCUGUUGGCCAUGGGCUAUCCGGGCACUGGUCAACCGCAAACCGUGCUGGGCGAAGUGACCGCUGGUUCCUUGGGUGCUGCGCCGUGUGCAAUUGCCUGGCUCUAUAAGGGCAUACAGGAGAGGCGACAGAAGAGCGGAGCUCGUUUCUCGGUGCGAGUUAGUGCCGUUGGUGUUAGUGCCACCAAGCCGGAUGCUCUCUCUACGGAUUUACUUAUCUCGCACGCUGCUGAAUCUGACGACUCCCCGGGGAUUUAUUUGCGUGACGACUUCCUUGGCGGUCCAACGGAACUACGUGCACCCACCGCCGAACGUGCGGCUCUGUUUCUCGACUCGGCUUUGGCCGGACGCUUAAAAAGUUCCGGCCCAACUGGAUCUGGGGCAGGGGCAGGAGCUGCCCUGGAGUCCGCCCUCAUCUUUACGCUGCAUGUCUACCAGUAUAGCCUGUCCCGUAAGGGGGGUGUUGCUGGCGGUCGCAGUCGUUUACAUAUCAUCGACUUGGGCGGCUGUGCCAAUCGCAAUGGGGGUCUUCCGCUUUCGGGGAUUGGCAACAUACUGUUGGCCAUAUUGUCGGGCCAACGGCAUCCGCCACACAAGGACCACCCGUUGACGCCGUUGCUCAAGGACUGCCUGGCGCCCAUUACCUGCCACGUGGCAAUUGUCGCCCAUGUGCAGCACGAGCAAAGCUAUCAGGAUGCACUCUCAACCAUACAGAUUGCGUCCCGUAUACAUCGCCUGCGACGACGGAAACAUCGUGUGCCCAUGCCCUUGGCCGUUGGAUUAGCCCAAAAUGGCUCGUCAGCCGGUUCGGGGGCGGAUCCAUCGAGCUCGGAAAUAUCCGCCGAUACAGUCAUCUAUAUGGGACCGCAUGAUGAUGUCGCCACCGAUGGCGAACAUCCUCCAGUCUAUUUACCUUCACUCAGUGCUGGCGAUAAUCGGGCUAUGCUUAGCAAGGCUCUCAAGGGAAGCGCUGCAGAGAAACCACCCUGCAAGGGGGUGACAACAAGUGCAAAUUCCAGCCCCAUGAUGUUGAAGAAGAUUCAAGCAGAGAAAAGUAAAAAACUAGCUCAGGUGCAGAGCUCCACAGGUAGUCUCAAACGUCAUGCAACAAACUCACCAGUCACAACAUCCACCAUUGCAGGGCAUGAGGCAACAGCGCCUGGCUCCCCCAUGCCCAUACCCAGGCAUAUGGUAUCCAAGGGUUCCAAUGUACCCACACCCAAGGGAUCACCUUUGCGUCGUCCUCAUGCAGCAGCCCCCGGAGCUGCUCUUGAGCAAUUGGAAGCUGGUAUGAGAAAAAUCACUGAAGAACAGUGGAUCGAUGGUCCGCGAGUGUCUCGUGCCAAAGUUGCUGAGGCUAGACAUCUGUUGCGCGAAGUGAAUCAUGUGAAACAAUGUGAAACCUGGGUCGAUGGACCCAAAUCACAAUCAUGUCGCUCUCUCACAGCAGGCAAUCUGCCCUCGUCGUCGAUGCAGGCACAGGGCUAUGGAUUCAUGGAUGCACACAAGAAGACCAUGAUCCGGCAAUGGGUUGAAAACCAAACAUCACAAGUCUUCCAGAGUGCCAGCAAUUCCCCGACAUUGGCUCUGCAUGCGAAGCUAUCGCAGCUGAAGCAAAAGUCACUUGACCUGCCUGAGAAACCCAACUAUGUGUCGGCAGAUCAAUCCUCAGACUUACAGCAGCAGGGCUAUGAAAGCCUGCCCCUCUUGAUGGGCAGCACAACGCAGGAUAUGGGUCAGGAUGGUGACGAGGAUGAGGAUAGUGGACCUUCAGAGGUGCCACCUGCCUUGCCAUUGCUUGAUGAUCCUUUGGGAGGCUCGCGGGACAUAUCACAGGAUAAUUUGCAACGCAUGUUGUCGCGACAUGUGUCGCGUGAACAACUCCAUGAAGCUGAAUUUGUAGCCAGUCGAGCAUCGUCUUCCCAUCAUCCCAGUUCGCAACGUAGCAUCGAUUGUGGUCUGCAGGUGACAGAAGAGGAAAUCGCCCGCACAAUGGCAAACAGGGACCAAGAGCUAGCGAAUCAACAUCCUCAUCCAUUGGCAGCUCUAAGUCAUUGCGACAAUUUAUCCUUUGUGUCUAGUUUCAAUAUGGCCUGUGAAUCCUUUAGCGAAUGCGGCGAACGAGCCAGACACCAAUUUGACCAGUUGGCUCGAUUGCAUGAAAUCUUCACCUCCCAACUAGCCAUGGCGGAAGUGACACCGUCUUCGGCCCUCUUCCGCACCGAUGUGGGCAGUGUUUUUAGCGAGCCGGCAUUUCGUUUCAAUGUGGGCCAGAGCAGUGUGUGCAGUGAGCCUGCUUAUCGUCUGACGCCUAGUCCACCCAAACAGCUAUCGCAUAGUCCCAGCCAGGGGUCAUUGCCCAGUUUGAAUGGCAUCAUGGAGAUAGCCGGUAUGGAUGACUAUGCUCUAUUGCGCCAACCCGAUGGCGCUUCCGAUCCGAAUUUACCAAAGAGUGAGAAACGAUUUACACCCCAACACGAUGAUAUAUGUGAGUUGGAUGAGAAAACUCUGGCCAAUGCGGUGGGCAAAAGAAAUUCCCUGGAAGAUGCCCAACACAAACUAAAUGAGAUCACAAAUAUUCUGCCCUUGGCAGUGCAAUCACGUUUGCCACUAUUGCCAUUGAACACCAGCUCCGAGGCCUAUGACAGUGGACAUGAUAGCUCAACGCCCCGCACAUCGAAACAUUCGGGCAUAUCACGUCGGGCUGAGAGUGGCUAUCAUAGUGUGGCCACGGUGAGGGAUUCUGAUGAGAGUAGCUUUGCAUCGGGCAUGUCGAAGGGUCAACGACAUCGUAUUACCAUAUCAGCCAAUGGUGGUGCAAAUGGUUCUGGAGCCAACUAUCAGCGCCAUGGCAAGAAACGUGGCCAACGUCAGGAGGGCGGCGGCAAUAGCAAAGGUCUUUGCAAUUGGCUACUAAAUCCAUUUUCCUGCACUUAUCCAGAGACUGAGGGUGAGAUUAGCGAUUUCUAAACCGAAAAAAUCACACAAGCAACAAAAUUUGUCCAAAGCAACAAGGGAAUAAACAAAUUUAAACCAAAAUUCUAUAUCAAAUUGUCCAACCACCCACCCAAAUUAAAAAAAGUAAACAAGAGCUAGUCCAGCAUUUCGAAAUGGCCAAAAGAAACAAAACAAAAACAUAUAUACACAAUAUAUCAAUGAUGAUGAAUUAAGAUGAGGAAGAGACACUUAGCCUUUUGGUGGAUCUUUUUUAUAGCGACUGAUUAACUUUUACUAGGCGCCGGCUGCCACUCAAAAAAACAAAAAAAUACUCACACACACACAUGAAUCAAUUUUAAACAAAACUAAUCUAAUAAACUAACCCAACUACCUAAUUAUACAUACAUACAAUACCUAAAUGCUAUAUUGAAAGCUGCCACUCAAUCACUCACUCAAUCAUUCACUCACUCACUAUGAAAAACAACAAAUACACGCAUAAGUUCAAACAGGGCUUUAAAUAUUUUUUAAGUUGCCAGCUAGCAUAAUAAAUACAAUUAAAUAAUGAUCUAUAUAUACAUACAUAAGUAUAUAAAGGGGUUAAUU